AUGUUGCAUUUUUCUAUCGGAUUAAUCACAGAUGAGGAGGAAAUUCCAUUGAAGGAAGUGGAGGCUUCCCCCGAUGACCGUAUAGAAAUGAUAAUUUUCAACAACCUCGGGCAAUUCAACACGGAUUUUUUGGUUUACUGUGGGGACAUGGAGAUAUGGAGUGCCAAGGAGUACGGUGGAGCGAGUUUUGACCUCAGUCCACAUGACGGACAGGAAUUGAUGGUGUACCAUCGGGACUCAAAAAAGUUGAAAAUUCUCCUGGAGCUAAAGAAGGCCUACAAAAAUGCAACGGAUAAACUCGCCCAUUUUUUUGUGAAAUCUCCGAUGCCCCAUAUUCAACUUUGUGUGGAAGGGGUACUGAUUACGGCUCUGGUGGAUACAGGUGCUCAACUCUCCAUCAUCACUAGAUCCUUGGCAGAGAAGUGUGGGAUUCUGGGAAGGCUUGAUUCGAGAUUCCAGGUGGAUGCUCAAGGGAUUGGAGGGGUUAGCAAAGCGAUGGGGAAAAUUUUGGAGGUGGAACUUGAAUUCUCCGGCUACUACCUCCCUGUAGUUCUUACUGUAUUUGAGGAGUGCACCCUGGGAUCAGAGUUGAUUAUUGGAGUGGAUAUACUCACUGCAUACAAUGCGAGCGUGGAUUUUAAGAAGAAGGCUGUCAGAUUUAAUGAUGAGGUGGAGGUGGAGAUGCUGAAAAUGGAUUGA